UAUGUGUACAGUAUUUAUGUGUACAGUAUUUAUGUGUACAGUAUUUAUAUAAAUACAAUGAUAAUAUAGUGAACACACAGUUUAGCAUUUGUUUAGUAUGAAAUGCCGUAAAUUAUUAUUUAACUGAACGGGUGGUGAUGGAGGGCGCGCGCUGGGCGGUCCGGUUGAGCGCGUGGAGCCCGAGCCGGGCUGAGUGGCUGCUGUCCGCGCGCUGUGUUCAACCUGAGGAGAAAGAGCGAAUCCAGCAGUUCAUGUUCAACAGAGACGCGAAAGCUGCCAUGGUUGGACGUUUGCUGAUCAGGAAACUGUUGUGUGUAAAGACGGGUCUGCCCUGGGACGGCUUCCGAUUGGCGAGGACGGUCAGGGGGAAACCGUACCUGUCCCAUCCCUCACCUGUGCCAGGCUCUGCCCACUGGAGCUUCAACAUCUCUCACCAGGGCGACUUCGCCGUGCUGGCAGCUGAACGUGGGAGGCAGGUGGGAGUGGACGUGAUGAAGACUACCAAACCAGGCAGUGGCUCUGUGCAGGAGUUUUUCCGCAUUAUGAAGCGUCAGUUCACUGAUCAUGAGUGGAGCUCCAUCACAUCUGCACAGUCCGAAUGGGAACAGCUGCACAUGUUCUACAGGCACUGGGCUCUGAAGGAGAGCUUCAUCAAGGCGAUCGGCACGGGCCUCGGCUUCGACCUGCAGAGGGUGGAGUUUCGCGUGUCGCCCGGUCAGAUGCGGGAGGGGCUCGUGUACCGCCAGACCAUCGUGCACCUGGAUGGCGAGGAAGAGGACGACUGGACGUUCGAGGAGUGUUUGAUGGAUGAGCACCAUCACGUCGCCGUGGCUCUGGGGAAACCCGACGGCUCCGUCCCAGAUAACGCUGGGAUUUCUGAAGAGGCCACGUCCACUCCGUUCACCCUGCUGAGCUUCACUGACCUGGUAGCAGAGGCCAAGCCUCUAGCAGAUGAAGACCCCGCGUACUGGGAGGAUUUCAAGGGGAAACGGGAGGCGCCAGGGAGGCAGAGUGAUGCGCAGUGAUUUAACACGCGGGGCUGGAACCAAUAGGAAUUGAGCAUGAUGGAAACGCUUCCUCAUACAUAUACUAUAUGGCCAAAAGUAUUUGGACAUCCAUUUAAAAAACAAAUGCUGUUAACCUGAAGUAACUAACCUCUGUGUGAUCUUUUUAGCUAGAACAACAGGCUGUGUCUGUGGGAAUUUGUGCCUAUUCAGUAUGGCUGGACACUGAUCUUGAUGUUCCGGUUUAUUCCAGAGCUGAGCUUCAAAUCGAGCUGUUCUUCAUGUCUUUAUAGAGCUUGCUUUAUGCUGGAAGAAGGAGGGCCUUCCCUAAACUGUUGCUGCUAACUCGGAAGCAUAAGAAGUGAUUUUGUCCUGUCAUUGAAAGGCGUGUCUUAGUACUUUUUCCGUAUAGGGUACAUUCUACCUACUAAAAAGGGUCGCUAUUAGGGAUUUUGGGCCCCAUGGAAGGCCCCACCACCCCAGGCCUCGACAACUCUGACAAUAUAACAAAUAAUAAGUGUGCUUACGGUGGAAUUAAUGCUUCCUUACCUUCAGCUCAGCUCAGAUUUGAGCAGAACGCUCAAUUCAAGUCUUACAGUGGUGAAGAUACUGGACUAGUAAUCAGAAGGUUGCUGGCUCAAGUUGCCACUGUUGGGCCCCUGAUCAAGGCCCUUAAUUCAACCUUAUUUGCUCCAGUUGUAUUCAAGCAUACACCGACAAGGCAUAACAUUAUGAGCACUGACAGGUGAAGUGAAUAACACUGAUCAUCUCUUCAUCACGGCACCUGUUAGUGGGGGGGAUAUAUCAGGUGAACAUUUUAUCCUCAGAGUUGAUGUUAGAAGCAGGAAAAAUGGGCGAGCGUGAGGACCUGAGCGAGUUUGACGAGGGCAGAAUUGUGAUGUCUAGACGACUGGGUCAGAGCAUCUCCAAAACUGGUCUGUAGUGGUCAGUAUCUAUCAAAAGUGGUCCAAGGAGGGAACGGUGGUAAACCGGCGACAGGGUCAUGGGCGGCCAAGGCUCAUUGAUGCACGUGGGGAACGAAGUUCAUGCUGGUUCUGAUAGAAAGGUGUCAGACUCCACGCCUCGACGGGUCAGGGCUGUUUUGGCAGCAAAAAGGGGACCAACACAAUAUUAAAAAGGUGGUCAUAAUGUUAUGCCUGAUCGGUGUAAAUGUAAGUCGCUUUGGAUAAAAGCGCCUGCUCUGCCUUUGAUUAUCCCUUUACUCCACUCAAAGGCAAACUUUUGGUCCUCACCUUCAGUCCGCCUGAGCCACGUCUCUCAUACAAAAGUCUCCCGCUGACCGAGCCAGCGGUCACUCUGGAGGAACAACCUACUGCAGGAGCUUCUUCUAAAUGAACGCCCACGACAGCCUGGUAUCAAACCCUUCGAAAAGCAAAAGCUCCUGGUCUGCAGCCACCAUCAGGACCUUUAGGAACAGCUUAUUUUUUACAUUAUCACCACCUGUAGUGAGAGCGGAGCGUCGUGUGCACGAGCCUGGAACUUCACACUGUAGUUCACACUCGGGUGCACGUGCUCUACCCACCCGGUGUUUUUAGGAAACGUAUUCCUUUAUAUCCUUACAGAAAGUAAGAAGUGUGUGUGUGUGUGUGUGCACACGGCUGAGCGUGUGUGUGUGUGUGUUGGUUUUCUCUCCUCUGUUCGACUGAGACAACUACAAUGUUCAGUGUUAGCCAACAGAACUACCGCACUGACAUAGAGACGGACAACAAGAUGGACAGACAAGGAUCACGAACAUUAAAGAGUGAAUAAUAAUUUAUAUUAAUUUAUACUGUGAGUAAAAUAAAUGUACGUAUAUUAAAUAAACCUUGUAUUAAAAACAUGA